CCACAGCUCCACACUAAUCCCAGCAUGCAACGCAAAAUGCGUCCGGCCAUUCUGAUGAUCAGGAAGAUGGCAGGCUCUGGGGUGGAGCCACAGAUCCUUGUACAGUACUUAGUAUUACGAAAGGAUCUAUCUCAAGCUCCUUUUUCCUGGCCCACGGGCGCAUUGGUAGCGCAGGCUUGUCACGCCGCCACAGCAGCCUUGCACCUUCAUCGAGACCAUCCGCACACAGAAGCUUAUCUCCGGGAGCUGGGGCGCAUGCGUAAGGUGGUUCUCGAGGCUGCUGAUGAGACCACCUUGAAGGAGCUGGCUGAGACCCUGCAGCAGAAGAACGUUGACCACAUGCUGUGGGUGGAGCAGCCAGAGAAUAUUGCCACUUGCAUUGCCCUGAGGCCAUACCCCAAGGAAGAAGUCAGCCAGUAUUUGAAGAAGUUCCGAUUGUUCAAGUGACUGAUGUUCUGGUAGAAGAGAAUGUCAGCUGGGUUUGGGGAGCCAAAUGGCCUACAUCCUGAUGCAUUAUGGAUUCCUUUCAAUGUUCAUGUACUCUUCCCUUCUAAUUAUGGUGGUUUCUUGAGAACCAGCACAAAUUGAAAUUAAAGCCCUCAUUAGUAAGCA